AAUUCGUUGGCUUCCCCCGCCGCGCCUCCCAAAUACCACCCCAAUCCAGCUUAGACCCCCCGCCCCACCCUCGCUGACCUAAUAAGGCCAUGCAGUGUGUGGGGGACCUACUGUAUAAAAGGCGCGGGCUCGCGGGGACUCUGCACGACGCCGGGGAGAGAAGUCAGCUGCGGUCCUGUGCCCACAAAGACGACCAUGGCGAAGGAGUGGGGCUACGCCAGCCACAACGGUCCUGACCACUGGCAUGAACUCUAUCCGAUUGCCAAGGGAGACAACCAGUCACCCAUCGAACUGCAUACUAAAGACAUCAGGCACGACCCUUCUCUGCUGCCGUGGACAGCAUCUUAUGAUCCUGGCUCUUGCAAGACCAUCCUGAACAACGGGAAGACAUGCAGGGUUGUGUUUGAUGAUACUUAUGACAGGUCAAUGCUGAGGGGUGGUCCUCUCAUCGGAGCCUACCGACUUCGCCAGUUUCAUCUUCACUGGGGCGCCUCGGAUGACCACGGCUCCGAGCACAGUGUGGAUGGAGUCAAGUACGCGGCGGAGCUUCAUUUGGUUCACUGGAAUCCAAAGUAUAACACUUUUGGAGGAGCUCUCAAGCAACCUGAUGGAAUAGCUGUGGUUGGCAUUUUUCUGAAGAUAGGACGUGAGAAAGCCGAAUUCCAGCUGUUCCUUGAUGCAUUGGACAAAGUUAAGACAAAGGGCAAGGAGGCGCCCUUCACCAAUUUCGACCCGUCUUGCCUGUUCCCCACUUGCCGGGACUACUGGACUUACCACGGCUCUUUCACCACGCCGCCCUGCGAGGAGUGCAUCGUGUGGCUUCUGCUGAAGGAGCCCAUGACCGUGAGCUCCGACCAGAUGGCAAAACUGAGGAGCCUCUUCUCCAGCGCUGAGAACGAGCCCCCCGUGCCCCUGGUGGGGAACUGGCGCCCUCCGCAGCCUAUCAAGAACAGGGUGGUGAGAGCCUCCUUCAAAUGAGGCCGCUGGAGCUUGCCCUCUUCAGGAAAGGAAAGCUGCCAUUGGAGAGCUUGGUUCCUUGUCCCCUUUUGGUGCUCCUGACUCCGAGUAUAUUUCAGUUUUCCACACGAAGCGAUGAAUACAAGAGUAUAAUAACCAAGACACCAGUUACUUUUGACAAGAUGUAAUAUGAAAGCACUUGGCCUUUGUAAUAGUCAUCUUUCCUAUGAAAGUAGCAUUUCUAGUAAGGUUUCAAAGAAGAAGAGAGAGAGGGAAGAGUAAAGAUCUAGAAAAAUGGGUAUUUGGCACUACUUUUCUGUCAUCGUAAAUUUCACAGAACUUCAGUUUUACAAUUUUCAUAGUGUGAGCUGUCCAUCUUAAAGAAGGAAGGAGUAAGUCUAUAUGUAGGGGUAGAUGUGAACGAGGAUCAUAUAGCAAUUAAACAUAAGCCAGUAAUUAAAACUACUAUGGACACCCAACAAUUGAAAUGAUGCCUUUUAACCCUUAACUACAACCAGAAAGAGGUCCAUCAUUUAUUACAGUUUUAGCUACUGUGAAGAUUAUCUGGUUUUGAUUAUCAAUGAAAGGAAAACACAUUCAACUGGGAGUUUUAAAAAGUUUGAUCCAGUGUUUGAAUUUCUUCUUCUUAA